AUGAUUGGCCCGUCAGCGCCGGUGGCGACUGGGGCGCCGGUGCUGCCCGUCGCGGGCGUCAGCAGCGGCGGCGUGCUGCUGCCUGGUGCGCGCCAGGUGCAGCAGCCGAAGCAGGCGCCCAUGACGGGCCGCGAGAUCGAGGAGGCCGCGAUGCAGCGCUGCAUCGAGCUGCAGCUGCGCCACCCCAACGGUGUGCCGAUGCCGCGGCGCGCGUGGGGGGGCUCGCUGCUGGAGGAGGCCUACGAGCGGUGCGGCGAGGUGACGAGCGAGUACGCCAAGACCUUUUACCUGGGCACGCAGCUCAUGACGCCCAAGCAGGCGCGUGCAAUCUGGGCGAUCUACGUGUGGUGCCGCCGCACGGACGAGCUGGUGGACGGCCCCAACGCCAGCCGCAUCACGCCCAAGAUGGGGGAUGCAGCGCUGCGGUUGCCUGCGCCCAAGUUUGCGUCCAGGGCCCUAGACCGCUGGGAGGAGCGGCUUGAGGCGCUGUUUGAGGGCCGCCCCUACGACAUGCUGGAUGCCGCCCUCACAGACACCAUCGCACAGUUCCCCGUGGACAUCCAGCCGUUCCGCGACAUGAUUGAUGGCAUGCGCAUGGACCUGGUGAAGAGCCGCUACCACAGCUAUGACGAGCUGUACGAGUACUGCUACAAGGUGGCCGGCACGGUGGCGCUCAUGUCGGUGCCCGUCAUGGGGGUGGACCCCAAGUACAAG